CGAUUUCACUCCCCGCGGUCAAGAUGGCUUCCAAAACAUUUGAUCCCUUCGCCCUCCCUUGUUUCCUCCUCCUCUCUCUCGCUGCCUCCCUCCUCCUUUCACCCUCCCACGGCCGGAUUCCCCAUCGCCGCCCCGCGAGCUCCUCCGCCGACGACCAGCUCGUCUAUCUCUGGCCCCUCCCCAAGCUCUUCCGCCACGGUUAUCGGACUCUCUCUGUCGACCCCGACCUCGCCCUCGAUCUCCAGAUCCCCGGAGGAGAAUCCCUUGCCUUGUCCGAGGCGUUCGAAAGGUACAGAGAUCUGAUCUUUACGCAGUGGGAGAGGUCGGCCCAGCGGAGCUAUAUGGAUUACGAUGUCAACAAGCUGACGGUCCUCGUCGCUUCGAAUGACGAUACGCUUCAAUUUGGUGUGGACGAGAGCUACACGCUUUCUGUGGGCGGAGGAGAGAGCUUUUCGGUUGUUAACGGAGCAGCGAUUGAGGCCAAUACUGUUUAUGGGGCUUUGCGAGGCUUAGAGACUUUCAGCCAACUAUGUACACCCAACACUGAAAAUAAAACUGUAGAAAUUCAGAAAGCACCAUGGUACAUUGAAGAUGAACCACGGUUUUCCUUCCGAGGGCUUCUUAUUGAUACUUCACGACAUUACUUACCAGUAAAUGUGAUCAAGCAAGUGAUUGAUGCUAUGUCCUAUGCUAAACUUAAUGUUCUUCACUGGCACAUUGUAGAUGAACAAUCAUUCCCGUUAGAGGUACCUUCAUAUCCUAACUUGUGGAAAGGUGCUUACUCAAAGCUGGAGAGGUACACGGUUGAGGAUGCUUAUGAAGUUGUUGACUUUGCCAAGAAAAGAGGUAUCCACAUCAUGGCUGAAGUUGAUGUCCCUGGGCAUGGUGAAUCAUGGGGUGCUGGUUAUCCCGAUCUUUGGCCUUCUGCUAAUUGCACUGAGCCCCUAGAUGUGAGCAAGAAUUUCACGUUUGAAGUCAUUUCUGGGAUUUUGACUGACAUGAGAAAGAUCUUUCCAUUUGGGCUCUUUCAUUUAGGAGGAGAUGAAGUCAAUACUGAUUGUUGGAAUUCGACCCGUCAUGUCAAGCAAUGGCUUCAGGAGCGGAAUAUGACUACCAAGGAAGCAUACCAAUAUUUUGUACUGAGGGCUCAAAAGAUAGCUACUUCUCUUGGUUGGAUUCCUGUUAACUGGGAAGAAACCUUCAAUACGUUCAAGGAAAAUCUCGAUCUGCAAACUGUCGUACAUAACUGGUUGGGUCCUGGAGUUUGCCCUCAAGCUGUUGCAAAGGGUUUUAGAUGUAUCAUGAGCAACCAAGGAGUAUGGUAUCUUGAUCAUCUAGAUGUUCCAUGGGAGAAUUUUUACAACACAGAGCCGUUGGAAGGGAUAAAUAAUAUCACACAGCAAAAGCUUGUGCUUGGUGGUGAGGUUUGCAUGUGGGGUGAGGCAGUUGAUACAUCCAAUGUUCAGCAAACAAUAUGGCCACGGGCUGCUGCCGCAGCGGAGCGCUUGUGGAGCUCAUGGGAGGCCACCUCUGUUGGAAAUCUGAACACAACUGUACUGCCACGUCUACAUUAUUUUAGAUGUUUGCUGAACCAUCGUGGAAUUGCAGCUGCCCCAGUUACCAAUAAGCAUGCACGGGAAGCCCCAUAUGGUCCUGCUUCUUGCUUCCUUCAGUAAAACGCUGAAUCCGCUGUACAUUCACAUGCAAGUGCCCGAUUGUUCCUCAGAUCCAGAAGUUGCUGAAACUACUUCAGCAAUUAUUUGCCCGCAUUAUUAUUCAUGCUCUUUGAAUAAUCUCAAAUCUGUUGGUUGUUGUUGCUUCUACUUUAUUUACAUGCAUGUUGAUCGGACAUUCCUCCUCUGGGUGAUUGACUUUUGUUAUUUACAAAGGCAUAAAAAAAUGAUAAGGUCGGCCUGUUAAGUUGGUGCACUGAGAUGCAAAAUAUAAGGCGGCCUCUAAAAUUUCA